CUGUUGUCACCGGCUAUCAGCUGCCUCUUUCACCCUGAAGACACCGGAGAAGGAGGAACAAAAUGUGCACCAGCGUCCAGCCUGUUGAAUGGACCACCGACCUCAAGAACCAGAAUUUUGAUGGCAUCGUGUUGGUGACCCAGAGCCAUGAGACGCUGCCCACGGAGCUGGAGUGCCUGAAAGCACCACUGCAGGACUACAGCUCUGUGGACAGCGGCCUGGGGGAGGAAGUGGUGGUCCUGAAGGUCCCUGGUCUCCCUGGUAACCGCCUGGUAUUUGCCUCCACUGGCCCGGUAAACCGUGAUUAUGACGAUGUCAGGCGCUUCAGUGAUGCUGCAGUCAACGGCAUCAAAAGGGCGCUGAAAGCAGGCAUGCAGCGCCCCCUGCUGGUCUGCCCUCCUCACCAGGACUAUAAGAACAGCACCUUGGUGGCUGCGCUCGGGGCCCUUCAUGCUCUCUACAUGCCGCUGGAAGUGAGGGAGGGGAAAGUCAAACCCACCGACUACAAGGUGUGUGUUCUGGGUCUGUGGGCAGCGCAGGAGGCUGAGGGCCGGAGACUGGUGGAGCUAGCCGACGCUCUGGAGAGCGGGAGACUGGCGUGUCGUGACAUCGGUGGCUCGGACCCUGAACGUAUGGCUGCUCCUCGCGUGGCCGAUUACGUCAAGGAGCUCUUCAAGAACAGCCCUGUGCAGGUGGAAGUGCUGAGCGACGUGAAGGUCCUGGAGAAAGAGUAUCCCUGUCUGGCUGCAGUCAACCGCUGUGCUGACAGUGUACCUCGUCAUCAGGCCAGAGUCAUCAAGCUGCAGUACUGCGGAGAGGGACCGGUCCAGCAGACGCUCAUGUUGGUGGGAAAGGGCAUCACCUACGACACCGGCGGAGCCGACAUCAAGGCCGGUGGUUUCAUGGCCGGGAUGCACAGGGACAAGUGUGGAGCUGCUGCUGUGGCCGGCUUCUUCCAGAUUUUAGCCAAGUUGAAGCCAAAACAUCUGAAGGUUGUCGGCUCCAUGGCCAUGGUGAGGAACAGCGUCGGUGCAGACUGCUAUGUGGCCGAUGAGCUGGUGGUUUCCCGUGCGGGUCGCAGAGUGAGAGUGGGAAACACUGACGCCGAGGGACGCAUGGUGAUGGUCGACCUGCUCUGCGAGAUGAAGGAGAAGGCGCUACAGGAAACGUCUCCUCAGCUGUUUACUAUCGCUACUCUGACUGGUCAUGCCAUCAGAGCCAUGGGGCCCAACUACUCUAUCAUCAUGGAUAACGGACCGGCUCAUUCCAACCAAAAUGCUGCUCAGUGGCAGAAAGCUGGAGAGGCUUUGGGCGAUGUGUUCGAGGUGUCCAGCAUCAGACGAGAGGACUACGAGUUCCACAAGGGAAAGUCUGAGUACGAGGACAUUCUGCAGUGCAACAACCUGCCGUCCUCUGCCACGCCUCGAGGACAUCAGACCCCUGCAGCUUUCCUCAUCAUGGCCUCAGGGCUCGACAAGCAUGGUGUGGAUUCUAACAAGCCUCUGCCGUACUCCCACAUUGACAUCGCCGGGUCCAGCGGUCCUUUCCCUGGUGUCCCAACGGGAGCCCCCGUCCUCGCCAUGGCAACCAACUACAUCCUGUCUGACGGUCUUUAAACAGACACCCUCAGUGAGACCACAGUCUCUGCACUGAACGCCAUCACAAAUUGAUAAUUGUCCAAAUAUGAAGCGAGAGUGAAAUCCCUGCCACACUACGCAAUGCAGAAUGUCCAAAUUUUAUUUCUGGCAUUCCUGAAUACCUCAGAUCUCUGCAAGAAUGUUCUUUACUCUCAUUCGUCCUGCCUGCACCAAGAGUCAGAUGACCCUGUUUUUAAGUGGCCUGUAUCAACAUUUCUACUCAGGGGUUAAAUGGCAGUCUAAAAGUACCAUCCUUUUUAUAUGUGUGUCUGUGUGUGUGCGACAAACUGGGGACCUGGCUGUGUGGUUAGUGACGCUUUGUGCCAGUUAAAACAAGCACUUCUCAAUGAUCAAUAAACAAAAAUAAAACAG